CGGGCGGGCGGGCAGGUCAUUGCCUCGGGAUCCAGCGCGAUGUCUCCGAGCUCCGCUCUGGCUGUCGUGGCCGUGCUGGCCCUGACGGCCGUGGACGCCAUCCAUCAUACUCCAAGAGUUCAAGUAUAUUCCCGUCACCCGGCAGAAAAUGGGAAGUCUAACUUCCUGAACUGCUAUGUAUCUGGGUUUCACCCACCCCAGAUUGAAGUGGAACUGUUGAAAAAUGGGGAGAAGAUGGAGGUGGAGAAGUCAGAUCUUUCUUUCAGCAAGGACUGGACUUUCUAUCUCCUGGUGCAUGGCGCCUUUAUCCCCAGUGAGAAGGAUGAAUUUUCCUGCAGCGUUUCACACGUCACACUGUCUGAACCCCUGAUAGUUAAGUGGGAUCGAAACAAGUAACUGUUUGUUUCAGGAAAAGAAUGAAGACACCCCAACUUGGAUGGGGCUAAUUCCAAAUUGUUUCUUUGCUUUUUACAAAUGGAUGAUAAGUUUGUAUACUUUAUGCACCCAAUAAGGAAAUUAUAAUGACAUUAAUGUAGGCAUUAUCUUUAUAAUUCUACUUUGGGCACUGUCUGCAUGUCUAUCUUUCCAUGGAAUCUGACAUUCAGGAAAAAGAAACGCUGAAUACUAAUAGUUGGAUCUUAAAUAUCUUAAAAGAAACUAUAAAACCUUUGAUUACAAACCUUAUGCAUGAAAACUAUUUUGAUAGUACGGAGAGCCACAAGAAAGGCUGGUUUUAAAAAAUCUCUAUUUCUUUUCUUUUUAUAAUGAUGGAGCUUGAAGCUAGGGCCUUCUAUAUGCUAGGCAAGCACUCUACCACUGAGUUACAUCCCUCACACCUAAAAGCUCUAUUGAAUAUGAAAUAAAAUAACAUUUAAUCAUAUGUGAAGCUUUGUUAUA